AUGGCCCAAAAGACACUUCUCUUUCUCGGCGCAGGACCAAACGAUGGAGAUGCGACAUUAUCGCUGUCCAAAACCAAAGGAUACAAGAUCGCCACUGUAGCUCGCACGAUCAAAACAGAUAUCGAGGCCAAUGCAGACAUCUGUCUGACUGCUGAUUUCAGCGACCCAGGCUUGAUGGGGCAGAUCUUCGAGAAAGUCGAGCAGAAACUAGGAGUCCCAAAUGUUGUGGUCUACAACCCCUAUUCCUGGUUCAUGGGUCCUGAUCCUGAGAACCCUGUCUCGGCGCCGCUUCAAGAUUUCCAGAAAGACCUUGCGAUCAACAGUGUCACACCCAUGUUUCUCAUGCUCGGUGUUGGUAAAACGAGUGCGUGGUACAUGAUCCAGACAUUGGCUGCCUCCGCUAGCUUGGCUUCAAAGGGAUGCCGUUUCUACUAUGUCGACGAGCGUACACCAGGGGGAAAGGCUAUGUUCCAUGUCUCAGGGCCUGCACACACUGAAUACUUUUUGGGAUUAGCAGAGAAGGAAGGUCGAAGAGAUGCUCGCCCAACCGCUCUCCAGAUCAUCGAGGAUGAAGGAGUGGAGGGCAAGUUGGCCGGAAAAGUCAUAGUGAUCACUGGCACUUCUUCUGGAAUCGGAAUCGAGACUGCCCGCGUCCUCAAGCUCACGGGAGCAAAGCUGUUGUUGACUGCACGAAACCUCGAAAAAGCUAAGACCGCUCUGGACGGAAUUCUCGAGCCAGGACGCGUUGAUCUCGUUGAGAUGGACAACACCUCUCUAGAAAGUGUGCGCCACGCAGCAAAAGAUAUCCUGGAGAAGUCGAAUAACCAAGUCAACAUCCUUAUCAACAAUGCUGGUAUCAUGGCUAUUCAAAAUCUCGAAAAGACCAAGGACGGAUUUGAAAUGCAGUUUGGGGUCAAUCACCUCGCACAUUUCCUGUUGUUCGAACUUUUGAAGCCAGCUCUCCUUGCUAGUGCCACCCCUGAACUUUCUUCUCGAGUUGUCAAUCUCUCUUCUUCAGCCCAUCACGUUGCCUCGAUCAACAAGUCUGGAAACUACAACUUUGAGAAGACUGAAUACAACGACUGGGUUGCUUAUGGGCAAGCUAAGACUGCAAACAUCUACAUGGCCAACGAGAUCGAGAGGCAAUACGGAUUAAAGGGGCUUCACGCAACCAGUGUUCACCCUGGUAUGAUCGCAACAGGACUUAUGCAGUAUAUGGACCCCAAGAUCGUUGAAGGCUUCCAGGGCAACCAGGAGGUGUACAAGAUGAUGAAGUCGCCGGAGCAGGGCGCCGCAACGACAGUAUGGGCCGCGAUCGGAAAGGAAUGGGAAAACAAAGGCGGAGAGUACCUUGCUGAGUGCGGGAAGACUACCCGCGGUAACGACAAACAUGAGAUCGCAGGUGUGGGCUUUGCAGGCCAUGCUUACGACCCCGAAGCCGAAGCGAGGCUUUGGAAGGACUCAUUGGCAAUGGUGGGACUCAAAGACGAUUAG